CCCACUUAAAGUGCUGCAUUGCGUUCCCCGGGCAGACACAGUUAGUGUGCCAGCCCCAGUGUUCUUCAGGAUACUGGAGGAACACACAAAGCUCCCUGUUUACAGCGGGAGACACUGGGUGGACACAUUCUCUCUUAUUUACAUCAGUGUUUUCUUCGUUAUGGGGAAGGAGAAGAUCCAUAUUAAUAUAGUUGUGAUUGGUCAUGUCGAUUCUGGGAAGUCCACCACCACUGGCCACCUCAUUUAUAAGUGUGGUGGCAUUGACAAGAGAACCAUCGAGAAAUUUGAAAAGGAGGCUGCAGAGAUGGGGAAAGGUUCAUUUAAAUAUGCUUGGGUUCUGGACAAGCUGAAGGCAGAGCGGGAGAGGGGCAUCACAAUAGACAUCUCCCUCUGGAAGUUUGAGACCUCUAAAUACUACAUCACCAUCAUUGAUGCUCCAGGACAUAGAGAUUUCAUCAAGAACAUGAUUACAGGGACUUCCCAGGCGGAUUGUGCUGUUCUUAUUGUGGCAGCUGGGGUAGGUGAGUUUGAGGCAGGUAUCUCCAAGAAUGGACAGACUCGUGAACAUGCCCUCCUGGCCUACACGUUGGGUGUCAAGCAGCUGAUUGUUGCUGUUAACAAAAUGGACUCUACGGAGCCUUCUUACAGCGAAAAGCGCUAUGAUGAGAUUGUUAAAGAAGUCAGUGCUUACAUCAAGAAGAUUGGCUACAGUCCCGCCUCAGUGCCCUUCGUCCCUAUUUCUGGAUGGCAUGGGGACAACAUGCUGGAACCUUCCACCAAUAUGUCAUGGUUUAAAGGCUGGAAGCUUGAGAGGAAGGAACAACAUGCUACUGGAAUCACCCUCCUUGAGGCCUUGGACACAAUCAUGCCCCCUACACGUCCCACAGACAAGCCUUUACGCCUUCCUUUGCAGGAUGUUUACAAAAUUGGAGGCAUCGGGACAGUACCUGUGGGCAGAGUGGAGACGGGCAUCCUGCGUCCAGGAAUGGUGGUGACCUUUGCUCCUGUCAAUAUCACUACAGAAGUAAAGUCUGUGGAGAUGCAUCACGAGUCACUGACUGAAGCGGUACCAGGUGACAAUGUGGGAUUCAAUGUGAAGAACGUGUCUGUGAAGGACAUUCGCAGGGGAAAUGUGUGUGGGGACAGCCGGUCAGAUCCACCCCAGGAAGCUUCAGGUUUUACAGCACAGGUUAUCAUCCUGAAUCAUCCAGGUCAAAUCAGUGCUGGCUACUCCCCGGUCCUCGACUGUCACACAGCUCACAUUGCCUGCAAGUUUGCUGAGCUGAGGGAGAAGAUUGACCGUCGCUCAGGAAAGAAACUGGAAGACAACCCCAAGUCCCUAAAGUCUGGAGAUGCUGCCAUUGUGGAUAUGAUUCCAGGGAAACCCAUGUGUGUGGAGAGUUUUUCACAGUACCCACCUUUGGGACGCUUUGCUGUGAGAGAUAUGAGACAAACCGUUGCUGUUGGUGUCAUCAAGAAUGUAGAAAAGAAAAUUGGUGGGAGUGGCAAAAUCACCAAAUCAGCUCAAAAAGCUCAGAAAGCUGGCAAAUGAAACUUGAUACCCUUGUAGUGCCUGACUUCCGCUUCUGCCCUCCAGCAACCCCCAUAUUAAAAAUGGGCAUACUCACCUGGCCUACUGCACUACAGUCCCAUAUUACAUUACUGAUUGGAUGACGGUCAUCUCAAUGUGAAUGACAGAAAAUAUCUAUUCAUGUAUUUGACAUGGCUUUGUUGUAAUUUAAGCUCUCAGACCGAAGUCUAUAUAACUCUACUAUAAUAUUGAUUAUAAUACUGAUGUAUAUGUAAAUGUGUAUAAAAUUCAUACAUAGAAAGUUUCCAUUUGAAGAUUGUGAUAGUUAUAAAAUGAAAAAUGUCAUCUGGUUAACCGUUCAUUGUGGAUUUAUUUAAAACUGUGGAUGCCAGUUGGCUUUGUCUUGAUUCCUGCUUUUUAAGCUUGACUUGAUGAAUGGAGCACUUAGGAAAAAUAAAUGAAUGGUGUUUAACGUUUUAUACUGGUGAUAAACUAGUUUGCAAUGGGAUUAGAUAACAUGAUUUAUUUGUACUGAAUGAGGGGAAAGUCAUAACCCUUAGGAUGAAAAGAAUAAUAAAUUUUCAGCUAUUAGCAAUCAAGUACUAUGCA